AUGGAAGGAUUGAGCGGCGCCGGAGGUUACUUUGCUCCGCCUGGAUCGUCUCCGCCAAAGGCGGGCGCCUUUGCACCUCGGAAAACUGCCAGUCGAGCCGAGCCGUCGAGCUUCCGAAAGCUCUAUGAUCGCGGCGACUUUCCGAUAAGCGUGAAUCACGACGCCAAGGGCAACAAGAUCAACUGGAAGGUUGACAUCGAGAAGCUCGACUACCACCACUACCUCCCGCUGUUCUUCUCGGGCUUGUGUGAGACGGAGGAGCCCUAUGCCUUCUUGGCACGCCAGGGCAUCCACGACCUUCUGGACAAGGGCGGCAACAAGAUCCUGCCGGUUGUGCCGCAACUCAUCAUUCCGAUCAAGAAGGCCCUCAACACCCGGAACAUCCAAGUGAUCACCACCACCCUGAAGGUGUUGCAGCACCUUGUCGAGUCGGCCGACAUGGUUGGCGAGGCACUGGUGCCGUACUAUCGGCAGAUUCUGCCAAUCUUCAACCUGUUCAAGAACAAGAAUGUCAAUAUCGGCGAUGGCAUUUACUACUCGCAGCAGAAGCGAGAGAACAUUGGCGACCUCAUCCAAGAGACCCUGGAAAAGUUCGAGUUGACCGGAGGCGAGGACGCCUUCAUCAACAUCAAGUACAUGGUUCCGACCUACGAGUCUGUGUUGUCGAGAGUGUGAAGCGGAUCUCGCCAGGGAGAGAGGGAGAGGUGUUUUAUCCAUCGUCGAUUGCUUGCACCGCCCGUUCUCUCUCAUGAAACCCAUGCUUCCUUGGUCAUCCGCUCCCCACUUCCCACUCCCAUCAUUUUCUCUUCAUCUCUCGACUAUCACGACUGCUCUUUGUUUUCCUUCCCCUUACUUCACCAUCGCCAUCCUUUCGACACCGUUCACAGUCAUGUCACUUUCGUAUACCAAACAUCCCUUCUCCCGUCGCUGUUCCGCCGCGUCUCUCUUGUGCUGAGUCGCCUCCGCUGCCGGUCGAGAUCCGCACACACUGGAGACAGCUUCAAAACCAAUAUAAGCAGAGCCAC